UUUAGCAAUUACAUUGAAAGGGUAAGAAGCAAAGUCCAAUUGAGGUCACCUUUUCCAAUCAAGGAGACCCCAUAAUUCCUUUUUCUCCUGUUUACAUGGAACCUAAUGGCUCAAAUCAUCAUCCACUAAGAGGUGCCCACCUUCUUGACUCUUCACAAAAAGCAGACGCAGCAGAGAACAAGAAGCCUGCAGAAAUAAAAAAUUUCCAAAUCAUGAUUGCAAGCAAAGAUGAUAACAAGAAACAACUAGCACCCAAGAGAAGCUCAAAUAAAGAUAGGCACAAGAAAGUAGACGGGAGAGGUAGAAGAAUAAGGAUACCAGCUCUAUGCGCAGCCAGGAUUUUUCAAUUGACACGAGAAUUAGGUCACAAAUCCGAUGGAGAGACGAUUCAGUGGCUAUUGCAGCAAUCAGAACCAUCGAUCAUAGCAGCUACUGGAACCGGGACUAUUCCUGCUUCAGCACUGGCGACAGCUGGAGCCUCUGUUUGCGAGCAGGGGAACUCUGUUUCAGCAGGUUUGCAUACAAAAAUCCAAGGACUGGGGCCUGCUAUCGGGUCCAUAGAUAGGAACAACUUAUCAGUGAUGAGUGGAAAUUUAGGAAGAUCUUACAUUCCAAGUGGGGCAUGGUCUUCUAUUAAUGGAAUUGGAUCAGGGUUUGCUCAAAGUUCAGAGCAAUCCACAGCAGCAUCAAAUUUUGGCAGCGAAAACUCCAAUAAUAUUUCAAAAUACUGGCUACAUGGGCUUGAAUUUCCAAAUAUGAAUAUGGGUUUUGUGAGUUUUUCGUCGCUGCUCAAUGGCAGUAAUCAGCAGGUUCCAGCUUUGGAGCUUGGGCUUUCGCAAGAUCCGCAUUUUGGAGUGUCGAAUUCUCAAGGUUUUAGCCAGUUUUACCAGCAGAUGGGGCAGCAGAGAGUUGGUGUGGGUUCCUUGAAUCAACAACAGCAGCUUUCUGAUAAGGUUGAUUCCCAAAGAUCCAAACAGUAGCUAGAAUAUUAAUGAAGAAGAGCUGAAUGUUGAUCAAUAAAAAAUAAACUUAAUCUUACAUGUUGACUAUUCAACCCCAUUAUAUAUUGCUUUCCUAGACAAGAAAUUAAAGAUGAGUUCUGAAGAGAACAAUGGUUUGGAAAUUUGAUUUGGUUUUGCCGCUUAUUAAACUUUGAGGUGUGUUAUUAUAGUUUAAAACAAUUUGUUGGCCAACUAUCGCUUGUUUGCUUUACAUGUCUAAACGAAGUAGAGUUAUUUUUUUGAAAGUAAAAGAUUCUCAAGGAUUUCCGUUUAGGAUUUUGAUGUAGAGAUUCUCAAGGAUUUCCGUUUUGAAUUUUAAUGCAGAAAUUUAGAAUGUUGCAGGAAAUAUGCAUAUCUCUUUAUAUAUAGAUGUGAAACUUGACAAGAGCUGAGAGCUGCCCUAUCUGCUACUAGAAGGAGCAGCGGACUGCUGUAGCAAUUGCUCAUGAAUAAAUCUGUCACUAACUUUUGAGUGAUUUUUUUACCAAAAGUUAGUUAUGAGCAAUCAACUGUUAUAUGGAGCAAUCUGCUCUUAUUUAUGAUAUAUAUUACCAAAAAUAGCGUUGAAGUGAAACUUGACUAGAACAGACGGCUAGCAAGAGCAGCGGACUGCCGUAGCAAUUGUUCACGAUUAAUCGGUCACUAACUUUCGAGUGAUUUUUUAGCAAAAGUUAGGCAUGAGCAAUCAACUGAUUUAUGAAGCAAUCGACUGUUUUUCGUAAAUUAGCCUAGAGGAGCUGACUAGCUUUAGAAGAAAUCAACCGUUGUAUGAAAAUUUGCCU